CUGAUUUUAAAACAUUGAUUUUGUUGUGUUCUCUAGUUCUAAGACUCAAACAGCGGUAGAUGCGGGCAUUAAUUAUUAUUGAUGUGUUCUUCAAAUCUUAUACUCCAUUAUAUUCCCUUCGUUCCACUUUAUAAGUAUAGGUUUUUCAUUUUAAUCCGUCCCAUUUAGAAGUCCUAGUUAGAAUAUUUCAUAAAUGGCAAUAAGUCCCACAUUUCAUUAACUUUAUUCUGCUCACAUUUUAUAGUAUAAAACUACUAAUAGUAUAUAAAAAUGAAAUCGUGUUCCACUAUCCUUUUUCACUAACUUUUCUUGACAUUUCUUAAAAUUUGUGUUGAACUUAAAUUGAGACACCUAAAGUGCUUCUUCUUCUUUUCAAGCAAAAAAAAUACUAGUACUACCAUAUUCAAGUUUUUUGUUUUAUUAAAGGAAUCAUUCUAGUGCUAAUAUCUGAUCAAUUUGGACAAUUUUAUAUCUGAUCAAUUUGGACACUUUCUUCUUUUCUUCGAAUAAUUUGACCACUUUUAUACCUGAUCAAUCUGGUAUCAUAUCUUUCAUUCGGAUUAUAAUGCUGGUUUACUGUAUUAAGUUUAUUAUAGUUAAUCAAUUUCAUGUAAUUUUAAUUAUUUUUUAAAAUUCAGCAUGUAAUUGAGCUGUGGUAGGCCGAUAUGUUUGAGAGCAUCACCUUACCUUAAGAGGGAGGCAUAUCAAUAUAAAAUACUUACUCCAUUUUUGGAAAAAGGACAAAAGAGUGAUGGAAUAUAAGAUAAGUUGAUGAAAUACUAUCAUUACACAACCUCAUACUUUGCAAUCAACUGAAAGAGAUCAUCUUAGCUGCCAAGAUGUCUGACUACGACAGAAUCAGCGAACUACAAGCGUUCGAUGACACGAAAGCCGGCGUGAAGGGGCUCGUGGAAGCCGGGGCCACAAAGAUUCCUCGAAUAUUCGUCCACGAGCAAUACAUGAAGGAAGAGAAGACAACUUCCGACGCCAGUGUCCCGGUAGUCGACUUGGGCUGCUUGGAGAAGGACCGCAGAGGAGUCAUCGAUCAAGUCAGAUCUGCGUGCCGGGAAUGGGGGUUUUUCAAGAUUCUGAAUCACGGGAUUCCGGCAGAUUUGAUGAACAAAGUGAUGGAGGUUGUGAAGGAGUUUUUUGAGAUGGAUGGUGAGGAGAAGAAGCAGUAUUACACACGAGAUAUAAAGAGGAAAGUGGGGUUUAAUAGCAAUUUUGAUUUGUUUAGAGUGCCUUAUGCUAACUGGAGGGAUACUCUAUAUUUGGUCAUGGCUCCUAAUCCACCCCAUCCACAUGAAUUGCCUCAACUCUGCAGAGAUGCAAUGCUGGAAUACUCGAAGCAAGCAAAAAACGUCGGAAUCCUUCUGUUCGAGCUGCUGUCCGAAGCUCUCGGGCUGGACCGGAAUCACCUUAUCGACAUGGAUUGCGCAGAGGCGCAGUUUGUGGGGUGCAACUAUUACCCGGCCUGUCCCGAGCCGGACAUGGCGCUCGGGUUCAGCAGCCACACAGACAGUGGCUUCCUCACUCUUCUACUGCAGGACGAUAUCGGUGGACUACAGAUUCUCCACAACCAUUGCUGGGUUGAUGUCCCGCCUUCUCCAGGAACUCUUCUGGUUAAUGUCGGUGAUCUCAUGGAGCUAAUCAGUAACGGUGCGUUUAAAAGUGUGUACCACAGGGCGCUGGCGAGGAGCAUUGGUCCGCGGGUUUCAGUUGCGCUUGUGUUUCGUAUGCAUGUAGAGGAGAGCAACGGCUCGAAGGUUUAUGGUCCGAUCAAGGAGCUGCUGUCCGAAGAGAAUCCACCUGUUUAUAGGGCGGCCAAAGGGGAGGAGAUUAUUGCUUGUAGAUAUGCAAAGGGAAUGGAGGCUAAUACCCCAUUGUUGUCCUAUUUCAAGCUCAAUUAGCCCUUUGAUUUCAUCCAAAUAAUCUCUCCUACUAUUACUAUGUUGUAACUGUCUGUGGCUGUCUUUACAACUUUGAACCUAAACUAUCAAUGCUUAUAUAUAUAUAUUGAUAAUUCAAGGUA